AUGGAGAAAAGUCCGAGUCAAAGUCAAUGGCCGGCCUGCCCUAAGCUGGGCACGACGGCGAUGGUGCGCGCGGCGGCGCUGCUGCUGGUGCUGCCGGCCUUGGCCAUCCUGAGCGUCGUGGAUCCCGAGGUGGCGAAGCCGGCGUGGGACGACGGCGUGGUGGACGGCGUCGACGCCGACCUCUUCCGCCGCGCCAUGGUGCAGAUCGACGACGCGCGCCUCGCCGAGCCGCGCGGCAAAAUCGCCUUCCUCUUCCUCGUGCGCGGCCCGCUGCCGAUGCAGGAGAUCUGGCACCGCUUCUUCCAGGGCCACGAGGCGCAGUACUCGGUGUACAUCCACGCGUCGCAGCCCGACUUCGACUGCGACCGCGCCGUCAACUACGCCGCCUUCCGCGGCCGCCAGAUUCCGAGCGUGCCGAUUUCGUGGGGAGGGCCCAACCUGAUCCGCGCGGAGAGGCGGCUGCUGGCGGCGGCGCUGGCGGACCCGGCGAACCAGCGCUUUGUGCUGCUCUCCGAAUCGUGUGUGCCGCUGUUCAACUUCUCACACGUGUACGACUACCUCUUCGCCGCGCCCACCAGCUUCAUCACCAGCCAUCCGAGCGAGUGGCGGUACCAGCCGGGCAUGGCGCCAGCUGUCAACCGCAGCCAGUUCCGCAAGGGCUCCCAGUGGUUCGCACUGACGCGGCGGCAUGCGGACAUGGUGGUGGCGGACACACACGUGUACGACGCCUUCCUAAGCAACCAUGCCAUGAUUCCUGACGAGAGCUACAUUCAAACACUUCUUCUGAUGCAGGACCCAGGCGCAGUGGAGCCGCGGGGGGUGACGUUUCUGCACUGGCAGCCGACGGCGGGGCGGCACCCGCUCACCAUCACCUCGGAGCAGCUCACACCCGAGUUCCUGCGCUCCGUGCAGCGCACGCGCCUGCCGCCCAAGGAGGCCAUCGGCUUCCUGCGAGUGCCCGCGCCGCGCCUCUGCCAGCUGGCGGGGCGGCCCACCCACUGCUUCUUGUUCGCCCGCAAGUUCAAUGCCUCUACCAUCCCCACCCUCCUCGCCCUCUCCCCCGCCCUCGGCUUCUAG